CAAUUCAUCCCCUCGCCUAGUGAAAAAAAAAGAAAAGAAGAGGGUCCGAUUGCAAAUUGAAUUUCGCCAAUACCGAAUUGCCGGAGCAAAUGCGCGCAGGUCCUGCGGUUCCGAUGGCGACGUCGAACAGCAGCAGCAGCAACUGAGAGAGAGAGAGAGAGAGAGAGAGAGAGAGAGCAGGAUCCGUGGAAGGAUGGCGGCCAUGGAAGGGGCGAUCCCCCCGAACCAGUCUCAACAGCAAACCCAGCAGCAGCAGCAGCAGCAGCAGCAGCCCCCGCCGCCGCCCGUCGCCGCAGAGAGGCUGAACGCGGCCGUGCAGCAGCAGCUGCGCCUCGAGUCCGUCAAGGGCAGGGCCACGACCCUCUUCAAGGCCGUCUCCCGCAUCCUCGAAGACUUCGACACCUACCGCACCAAUGCCACUCCUAAAUGGCAAGAUAUUUUGGGGCAGUACGCUAUGGUUAAUCUUGAGCUUUUCAAGAUCGUGGAGGAGAUUAGGACGGUUUCCAAGGCGUUUGUUGUGCACCCGAAGAAUGUCAAUGCAGAGAAUUCUACAAUUCUUCCUGUAAUGUUGUCGUCAAAGCUAUUACCUGAGAUGGAGACAGAUGAUAACUCAAAGAGAGAGCAGUUGCUGCAAGGGAUGCAAAACCUGCCUGUUGCCUCACAGAUUGAGAAAUUGAAGGCAAGAAUUGACAUGAUUGCUGCUGCAUGUGAAAGUGCCGAAAAGGUUCUGUCAGAUACACGUAAAGCUUAUGGUUUUGGAGCUCGUCAAGGUCCAACAAUUGCUCCAACCCUGGACAAGGCUCAGGCUGCUAAAAUUCAAGAACAGGAAAAUAUUCUCAGAGCUGCUGUAAAUUUUGGUGAAGGAUUAAGAACAUCUGGAGACCAGAGGCAGAUGCCACCAGCACUUCCUAUGCAUCUCUCAGAUGUGCUCCAUGUAGGUGAUGGAAUGCAAAAUUUGGCUGAUGCAUCUGGAAUAUACCAAAAGAGCAGUUCUGCAUCGUCAAACAACAUGAGUGGUACGGGAGCUUUGUUGCAGGGCACCGGGACACAACUACUUGGAAGAUCUGCUGCUUCUCCAGGUGCCAGUUCUUUUGAUAACAGCUCUGCAUCUCCAAUGCCAUAUGCUAAUUCCCCUAGGUCUGGUACAAAUAUGAACACACCAUCUCCUCAACAACAAUCGCAACAACAGCAACCACAGCAGCAGCAGCAGCAACAACAAAGGCAGAAGAUGAUGCAAUUACCUCAGCAUCAGCAAAUUCUUCUUGCUCAACAACAAUUCCGCCAGCCUACCAUGUCAGCUCUGGGCCAGGGUCAACCGCAGAUGCAGUAUACUCAGACACUGGGGCACCAACAAUUUCAAGGCAGGCAGUUGCCUUCUGGCCCUCUGCAGCAUAGCAUUGGUCAAGGCCAGCUCAAUCAAGGAAACAUGAUUAGUCGUCAUCUAAACCAAUUUUCUGGCUCUGCCAAUAGUGCAUUGUUCAAUGCUGCUCAGACAGCACCAAAUAACCAAAUGAUACCAAAUAUUUCUACAAUGCAGUCGCAGUCUCUUCUUCCAAGGAUGCAGUUUGGCUUAUCUGGAACCAAUCCCCAGAGGAGCCAUGCUUCCCAGAUGUUGAACGAUCAAAUUUAUAAUAUGGGAGCAGCCAAUGCAACAAAUAUGAUUCCUGUACAGCAGCAGCAGCAGCAGCAGCAGCAGCAGCAGCAGCAGCCACCUGGUUCACAGGGCGCAUUUGGUAACAUGGCACCAAAUGCUCAGGGUCUGCAGUCUGGGAUGGUAACCCUACCAAACGCAUCCCAGAAUCACCCAAAUUUCUCACAACAGAGGCAGCAAAAUCAGCAGUGAGACACUGGUUUCAUGGUGAUAUUUGCUGUUGCUCGAGCAUCUCAGUACUCUUGGAUUGAUGCAGGGGUUGCCACUGCGAUACUUGGAGGGUGGAACUUCUUGGCGUAGUCCUGCUUAUAGAAACUUGUUUUGGGGAGUAUAUAUGGUGAGGGAAAAGCUUGAUUAGGAAGACGCAUGUUCUGAUCUUCACUUUUUGGCAAAAUAGAGAAGAAAAGGAAAUUUUUGCUUCACAGUUUUGGGCGCA